CUUUAAAAAAAUUAUUGGUCCUCCUAAGAUGGCGGAGAGAGAGUGAAGAAACUGUUCCCCCCUUGGGUUGCUAUCGAUCAAGGGUAAAAUUCCAUUCUGAUACCAAAAUGCAGUAUUCGCACCACUGUGAGCACCUUUUAGAGAGACUGAACAAACAGCGGGAAGCAGGUUUUCUUUGUGACUGCACCAUAGUGAUUGGAGAAUUCCAGUUUAAAGCUCAUAGGAAUGUGCUGGCCUCCUUUAGGGAGUAUUUUGGUGCGAUCUACAGAAGCACUUCUGAGAACAAUGUCUUUCUUGAUCAGAGUCAGGUGAAGGCUGAUGGAUUUCAGAAACUGUUGGAGUUUAUAUACACAGGAACUUUAAAUCUUGAAGAGAUAUCUAGUAUUACUGGAAACAUUGAAUUGAAUCAACAGACUUGUCUUCUUACUCUGCGAGAUUAUAAUAAUCGAGAGAAAUCAGAAGUAUCUACAGAUUUGGUUCAGGCAAAUCCUAAACAAGGGGCAUUAGCAAAAAAGUCAUCUCAAACAAAAAAGAAGAAGAAGCCUUCCAACUCCCCAAAAACAGGGCAGAAUAAAACAGUGCAAUAUCCCAGUGAUAUUUUAGAGAAUGCACCUGUUGAAUUAUUCCUAGGUGCAAAUAAACUGUCCAUACCUGUAGGAGAACAAGUUGCAGAAAUAAAUGAUAAUUCAGAACUCGAGUUGACAUCAGUUGUGGAAAAUACUUUUCCAGCACAAGAUAUUGUGCAAACUGUUACAGUGAAACGGAAAUGUGGAAAAUCACAGCCGAACUGUGCUCUGAAAGAACACUCUAUGUCUAAUAUAGCCAGUGUCAGGAGUCCUUAUGAGGUGGAGAACUUCGGGGAAGAGCUGGAUCAGAGGUAUUCCAAGGCCAAGCCAAUGUGUAACACAUGUGGGAAAGUGUUUUCAGAAGCCAGCAGCUUGAGAAGGCACAUGAGAAUACAUAAAGGAGUCAAACCUUAUGUCUGCCACUUAUGUGGAAAGGCAUUUACCCAGUGUAACCAGCUGAAAACCCAUGUAAGAACUCAUACAGGUGAGAAGCCAUACAAAUGUGAAUUGUGUGAUAAAGGAUUUGCUCAGAAAUGUCAGCUAGUCUUCCAUAGUCGCAUGCAUCAUGGUGAAGAAAAACCCUAUAAACGUGAUGUAUGCAACUUACAGUUUGCAACUUCUAGCAAUCUCAAGAUUCGUGCAAGGAAGCAUAGUGGAGAGAAACCAUAUGUCUGUGAUAGGUGUGGACAGAGAUUUGCCCAAGCCAGCACACUGACCUAUCAUGUCCGUAGGCACACUGGAGAAAAGCCUUACGUGUGUGAUACCUGUGGGAAGGCAUUUGCUGUCUCUAGUUCUCUUAUCACUCACUUUUGGAAACAUACAGGUGAAAAACCAUACAUAUGUGGUAUUUGUGGGAAAAGUUUUCUUUUCUCUGGAGAGCUCAACAAACACUUUAGAUCCCAUACAGGAGAAAGACCAUUUGUCUGCGAAUUAUGUGGUAAUUCUUACACUGAUAUUAAAAAUUUAAAGAAGCACAAAACAAAAGUCCAUUCUGGUGCAGAUAAAACUCUAGACUCCAGUGUAGAGGACCAUGCUUUGAGUGAACAAGAUUCCAUACAAAAGAGUCCUUUAUCAGAAACUAUGGAUGUGAAACCUUCUGACAUGACUUUACCAUUAGCUCUUCCACUUGGGACUGAGGACCAUCACGUGCUUCUGCCUGUCACAGAUACUCAGUCUCCUACAUCAGAUACAUUGAUGAGGUCAACUGUGAAUGGAUAUUCAGAACCACAGUUGAUAUUUUUACAACAAUUAUACUGAAUGUGAGGAAUAUGGAAUUGCUAAGAUGUCAUUGAUAGCAAACAUCUCUGGUAAGGUGCAUAUAUUCACAUUAAAUUCCCAUUCAUUUGAGUUGUGACCAUUAUUUUUCAUUCACUGAAGUAAAAGCACCUGAUGCUGCAUCACAA